UGUACGCACUCAGUAUCCAGUUAAUCUGAGCUUUUCGAUGACCAUUCAUAAAUCUCAAGGAUUAACUCUAAAUAGAUUGGAAGUGGACUGUCACCAAAUAUUCAAACCAGGACAACUUGGGGUUGCACUUGGCCGUGCUAAAUCUUCAGAGGGACUGAGGGUAAUCAAUUUCGAUCCAACCUGUCAUGUAAUUAGUCAGCCAGAAGUGGUACAACUCUUCAUGAACCAGCCCUCAAUUUUGGAACAUGAAGACCUGAGCUGCUGUAGACCAGGAUUAAAGGGAAACACACAAGAGCCAAACCCACCAGGGAUAUAUACAUUGCAAGACAUGCAGCUGAUACAAGAGAGCAUAGACAAUGUGGAGAUGAAUGAAAAUGUAACUAGCCAGGAAGAAUUUGAUAGUGAAUUUGAUGAACUGAUCCUAAAAAUAAGUAGUGUUAAAGAUGAUUUGAAUCUUCCAGAUGAUUUAAAUCUGGAUCAAAUUCUAGAUCAGAUAUAUUUCAAGAAUCCAGUCACUGCAAUGCAAGAUCAUGUAAAUAGGAUCAUAAAUGAUAUGAACAAAAUAAAAUACAUUCAGUUCUGCAAAAAGGAGUAUGCAUUUUAUUCAGCACUGAUUGAGUCUUCAAACACUGAACCAAUUCGGCCUUUUACAGCUAAACAGCAAACAGAGUUUUACUCUAAUGUGCAUGCUCAUCAAACUAGUGCUGAAUUCCGAAUGAACUGUUUAACUUUAUUCGAGGACUCGCGAUUCACAGAUGAUCAUGUCCACAUUUGUUUUAAUGUGUCUAAUCAAAUACGAAAAUAUGUGUUGCAGAGCAAUGUUGAACGAUUGCCAGUUGUUCAGCGACACAUAUCAAAUAGAUCUGUGACAAAUGAAUCACAUGCAAGAGUAAGAUACAUUGGCAGUUACUGCAUAGCUAAAAUCCUGCACAAGAAUAAACAAAAGAAAAAAAACAAUAUGUACAAUUUAGACAGUGCCUCAAUUAGUAAAUACAAUGAUUCAUUGAAGUUGGUUAAUGUGUUAGAAAGUCUGAAGGUAGAAGAACAGUACAUUCAGUCCAUCACCAAAGAACCAGAGUCACUCAUAGACAUUGCAUGCAAGCAAUACGGACAAAGAUUACUUACCAACAUAUCAGAUGAAUUGGCCAUAGACAGAGAUUGUGUGAGUCUUGACGCCAAAGUCACCGCCCUGAACAGGGAAUGUAGGCCAACACUGCUCCUCAGGCACAAUAUUAGAGAGCAACAUAUGGAGGUCAGUCACGUUAACAGACGAGUCACUCAGCGUCUGCUCUAUCUGUGGAUCAGAUUGUUUCACCUCGAGCGACUCAUCGGGACAGGAGUGGAACUCACCAAGGCUCAGCUAUUGGAAGUGCUGAUGUAG